AUGUUUACCCGCCUCUCUACUGUUUUCGUUGUUCUCCUCGGCCUGACAGCCCUUGUCAGCGCUGGUGUGCCAGUCCCUGACAGGUGUAACAAUAUGGCGAUGGUGGCCAAUUAUGUAGCACUUGCACAUGAAGAGUCCCCAGAACCAGACCCAGGCAAGCCAGUGGUAGUUGGGCGUGAAGAGUCUCCAGAACCAGACCCAUGUACCACUAAGGCCGCAGCAGACCUCUAUUCUUAUUAA